AUUGUUUGCCAUUUCCAGUUUCCAGUAAUGGGAACGAUUACUUGAUCCAGCCAGUUUUUGAAGAUCUGGGAAAACUUAUGUAUUUUAAUGGCAAAAUUUUACCAGUUUCCAUAAAACAACAACAGAAAAACCCAUAACCUGUUUUUGGUACCUGGAGGCAUCACCUCUGAUGAUGAAUAUUGUUUUAUUUUGGAAUUAGGUGUGUGUGUUCUUCGGGAACGAGAUGUAUCUUGCUCUUCUGGUGAUUUUCUUGCAGUGUUCAGAACUUUACACUCAGGACAGAGUUUUUACUUUCAACACAGUUGAAAUCAAUGUCCAGCCAUCUGUCAAAGUCAAGAAUGGAGCUUCUAUGUCAAUUAUCUGCCGUGCUGAUAUUAGCAAAAGUACUGAUUUCCAGCUGAAGCAUAACUUUACAAUUUUUAAGGAUGGCAAGCUUGUGUUCAUGACUGUAUCAGACAAAGAUGAUGCUCGAUAUGAAGUACCUAUGGCUAGAUCUUCAGAUACAGGAGAGUAUGAAUGUACUGUGGAAGCAGGUGGGAAGACAAAAUCAAGUAACUCCUUACAUGUGUGGGUAGCAGGAAUGACCAAGCCAAUCCUCACUGCUGAGAAAAAAGAAGUUUUAGAGGGUGAAGUUGUGAAAUUACGUUGUGAGCUGCCAGAAGAAGUUCCUCCUUUAUAUUUCUAUUUCCGAAAGAUAAAGAUGAAUUCAACACCUAAAGAAAAAUAUGUCUUUGAAGCAUACAAAAAUUUUUCUGAAGUGGAAUUUUCUGUUGAAGAAGGAGAUAAUAUUUUACAGUUUGAUUGCUUUGGUAAGAGACAUGUACAACGUGAAUUUGACAGCUCAGAACACAGCAACAAAACACUUGUUACAGUGAAGGAACCAUUUAUAAAGCCUACUCUGAGUGUCAAGCCCUCAAAUAAUAUUACAGAAGGAGACAGAAUACAGCUUGAAUGCUCAACUGUGGUAGCCCGAAUGCGUGACAUUGAAAUCAUACUGCAGAAAAACAAAACAAUACUGAACAGUGUACGAGAUGAGAAAGUUUUGCAAUACUCUGCAGUAGCUACUCUAGAGGACAGUGGUGAAUACCUGUGUAAGGUGGAGCAAGGGAGAGCAUCUAAGUCCACCAAAGUGAAUGUUGUUGUGUCAGAGUUAUUCCCCAAGCCAACACUGGCUGCUUCUAUGAACAAGCUGGAUGAAAACAGAGAGUUAACUCUGAGCUGCAGCGUUAGUGGCUUUCGGAAAGCCAACUUCUCUGUGCUGCGGAGGACUUCAAAUGGUGAUGUCUUGUUGAAAACAUCUAGAAACUUGACAAUGAGAGUUAGUGUGAAUGAUACUGGAUCCUACAUCUGUAAAGCUGAAGUAAAAGGAAUAGUCAAGGAGAGCAAACCUGUAAGAAUAAAUGUUUAUGCUCCAGUCUCCAAGCCAACUCUUUCUGUUGUCAGUGGUUUACCAGAGGUGGUGUUAGGGAAGCCUCUACAGUUAAUCUGUCGUUCAGCGAUGGGAACACCACCAAUAACAUUCACAUUCUACAAAGGAAAUGACAUUAAGAAAACAGUCAUUAAUAACACAUAUGCUAUGUUCUUGGAUGAAAACGUGAGACAAAAUGACAAAAGGGGAUACAGAUGUGAUGCUAGAAAUAAUCACUCCAGUGGUGUGAAAACCAGCAAUAUUCUAAACGUCACGGUCGUAGUGCCGAUCACGAAUGCCAGCCUGGGCAGUGUUCCCUAUGGAGAAGUGGAGGAAGGCAGUGAGACUACUUUUCUCUGCUCUGUGAAAGAAGGAUCUUGGCCAAUCCACUUCAGGAUUUUUAGAAAAACUGAUCAUGAUGUUCUUGUGUUUGAACAAAGUGAACAUGCUGACAGAGUCAUAUGGCGCAAGAGCACCAUGAGCAGGCAGGACACGGGGACAUACUACUGCAUGGCUUCUAAUCGAGCUAAUGUGGAUGUGAAAAGCCAUCCAAUAACCAUCAAUGUGAUCUUAGCAUCUUGGCAGAAAGGAGUCAUUGUUGCAUUUGUCCUAAUACUCAUCGCAGGAGCCAUGACUCUCGCUUUAUGGUGGUUUUUGUGUAAGAAGAAAAAGGCUAAAGGACCAUCCAUGGAGAUGUCUGGUCCUGCCUUGGCUACUAACUCGACAAGUGAAAAACUGACAAGACAGCAUGAUGAUGGAGACUACUAUUCAGUGGCAGCAGGAUCAGGCCCACAGCUCAAAGAAGUAUGCAGUCCUGCAAAGAAACAUCUUCUUGAUAUUUUUGGGGCAGGACCUGACCUUGAGAGUGCUGAGGUGGAGUACACUGAAGUUGAAGUAUCAACGCUUGAUCCUCACAAAGCUCCUGUACAGAAGGGGACUGAAACAGUUUAUAGUGAAAUCAGAAAAGCUAAUAAUG